AAUCCUAAAAGCUACCUUACUUAACUCAGCCUACCUUGCGACUUGAUCCGCAACGCAAAUCUUCUGCUUGCCCAUCUCCAAUUGAUUUACACACUCAUCUGAUGCACUGUGGCCUCCACGUCUUCUCUAGACUUACUCAUAUAUAUUCAUCGCUCCUGGAUUAGCCGUAUCUACCUAUCUUUCUUCUAUCAUUAUGGCAUUUGCCACAAUAAAUUCCUCAUCCUCAGGUCCUCCACCCAGGAACCCCGUCAUCGACGACGCCUUCGCCGCCGAACCUACCCUCCAAAGACGCGUUUACGAUGCGAUCGGACAUACCCCCCAGCAUGCGCCGCUGUUCGAAGACAUUGCCAGAUAUACCUCCAGCCUGCUGGCCAGGACUGCCGCCAACACUCGCGUUCAACCCCGCGAGGCCGUCAGCGACGACGGCCCUGCCGCAAAAAAACGGAAGAUCCAGAAUGGUGGGGAGGGCCAUCCAGCUGCCGCUGCGCAGCCGUCCGCGGGCGACCUGAAAGCCGAUGCAUCGCUCCAGUUUUACAUGCAAGACGUUUCCUUCGCUGUGCCGCAGCGGAAAAAGCUUACGCUGGAGAUCACUGCUGGGGCCGGCGGAUUCCUCCGCGCAAGAAACCAGGCGUCGAAAGAGGUAGAGUUUGGGGUCCAGUUGGACAGGAUCCGGCACGUCUUAUGUCUACCAGUUCCGGAAAAGAAUCAGCGGCAAUUCAACUUUUGCAUCAUCCCUCAAUACAGCGAUGGCAUCAACGCCUCUCCGGAAGGUGUAGCUGGUCUGGAAUCUAUCGUGUGGACGGUGGCCGAUGGGCCGCCUAAGGCGGCGUUCUCAGGAACCGGACAGCAGCUUGGAACAGGCGAAGGCGAGACUGCGGAGAAGGUGGUUCAACAGGUUUUGAACGAUAAUCUGGUGCGAACCAAGGUUAUCCGCCCGGAUGAGCGGCAAUUUGUGAGCGCGAUGCCCGAGGCUCAUCGCAAAGGGGAGAAGGCCUUUCACGUCAAGGCGUUCCGCGGCAGUAAAGAUGGGUACCUUUUUCUUCUCUCUACCGGCAUCCUCUUCGGCUUCAAGAAGCCCUUGAUUUUCUUUGCGUUUGAGAACAUUGAGUCGAUUUCCUACACAUCUGUCUUGCAGCGAACAUUCAAUCUUAACAUCCUGGCCCGGCCCACUGCCAGUGAUGAGACCCAAGAGUUUGAGUUCUCCAUGAUUGACCAGGCCAACUUCUCCGGAAUCGAUGCCUAUGUCAAAAAGCACGGUCUACAAGAUGCUAGUCUCGCAGAAGCUCGUCGUGCGAAGCGUUACAAUGGAAAUGGGGCUAAGACCGAAGAGGAUGCCACUGCUGUUGCAGAAGGUGCUGCAGAAGAAGAAGAGAGUGAAUUGCAGAAGGCACAGCGAGAGCUUGAGGACCAAGAGGACGAGGAUGAGGAGGACUAUGAUCCUGGCAGCGACGUUGACACCGAUGGAAGUGGCAGCAGCAGCGAGGAAGACGAUGAAGACGAGGACCAGGACGAGGAUGGCGAUAUGGAGGAAGAAGACGAGGAUAAUGGUCGAGAUCUUGUGGCGGACGAGCUCGGCAGCGAAGCGGAGGAUGUCCCGGCCGAUGAGUUGUAAGAGCUCACUUUAUGAACCCUGUACGAUCGAAUUGUUGCUGCAGUCAGGCCAACGUAACGUGAGCCCGAUUGAGUUUCCCUUCAAUAUCCCCUAGAUCUCGUCAUCAGUCGAGGCGUGGCGGUGAGUAUUCCUUGGAGGGUUUUAUCUAGCAUAGAAUAUCUAGCCAUUGGACGCGAGCCUUGGGUACUGAGAACGAGCGCUGCUCACGUCGCAUUGCACCUGACAUUGGGAAAGCCGUUUCAAGGCUGCAUAAGAGACGUUUCAGACAAUGGGGUUUGGCACCCAAUGAAUUGUGGAUCAUGGACGUGUCAGAUGCAUCGCGCCGUCACCAAUUGAUGUGCCGCCAAUAUCUGUAAGUCGAUGUUAUUAUACAGUACUC